AUGAGGUCGUGGGACGCCAACGCCGACUCCGCUGUCGUUGGCAGGUCACGGCCAACGAAAGCGCUGACGGACAUGUCGACGGAUCCCGAACAAUUCCUGAAAAUAGUUGGUUAACGGUAUGUUACAGUAGGAAAGAUGUGAAAUAGGUAUGGUAGGGUGAAGUGUAAAAUACGUAUGGUGGUGUAGACUUAACAAAGUUAAAUAGAUAGAGUAAAGUAAAGUCAAAGAUGAAAAGUAGGUAGGUAAGGGUGAGGUCAGUAACAUAGAUACGACCAGUUACAAUAAUGUGUUGGUAGCGUAGUGGCUGUGCCGCCGCUCGCUAUUCGGAAGGACCUUGGUUCGACCCCGCGCCGGCCCAACCCAGACGCCUUAUGGAAUGGAUAGUGCUGUACUCGUGUAGACCAAGUAUAGAUGUGUCUAGUGCACGGGGACUAGGCACAUCGAUACUCGGCCUACACGAGUAUAUGAUUGAACGCCAGAAGUCUUAUGGAGCACCUCACCUGCGACACAGUGACGCGAGGAACAGUGGAAUACCUGGGGAGAGGCCCAAUUAUAGGAAACAUCAGACUCAAGGAUAG